UCCUCACCGCGUGGCCAGAAGGCUGGGGAGCCAGAGGCGCUGGGACUGUCGCUCCGCUCCGGUCUUCCGGACGGCCACAGCGCCUGGCCUCAGAGAAGAGCACACCUGUGAACUAUGAAAAUGUUUUGAUCAGUGGGAUAGUCUCACUCGCUUUGGCGCCCAGCCUCUUGAUUGUGAGUUGGAGCCCUGCACUGCUUUCCUUCUCCAGAACCUCCCUCCCGAGGUGCUGGCGGGAGCGCUCCGGUGCGCCUGAGUCCAGAGCAGUGGCCGUCCCCGUCUCCAGGGGAGGGAGGCGGCCGCCGGGCCGGUCCCGUGUAGCCCGCGCCCCGGCAGGUGGAUGGCCCUCGGGGCGCGCACAGCAUGCAGUCGCUCAACAUCACCCCGGAGCAGUUCUCCCGGCUGCUGCGGGACCACAACCUGACGCGGGAGCAGUUCAUCGCGCUGUACCGGCUGCGGCCGCUCGUCUACACCCCGGAGCUGCCCGCGCGCGCCAAGCUGGCCUUCGUGCUCACUGGCGUGCUCAUCUUCGCCCUGGCGCUCUUCGGCAACGCGCUGGUGAUCUACGUGGUGACCCGCACCAAGGCCAUGCGCACCGUCACCAACAUCUUCAUCUGCUCCUUGGCGCUCAGCGACCUGCUCAUCGCCUUCUUCUGCAUCCCGGUCACUAUGCUCCAGAACAUCUCCGACAACUGGCUGGGGGGUGCCUUCAUUUGCAAGAUGGUGCCAUCUGUCCAGUCCACUGCUGUUGUGACAGAAAUCCUCACCAUGACCUGCAUUGCCGUGGAGAGGCACCAGGGACUUGUGCAUCCUUUUAAAAUGAAGUGGCAGUACACCAACCGAAGGGCUUUCACGAUGCUGGGUGUGGUCUGGCUGGUGGCAGUCAUCGUAGGAUCUCCUAUGUGGCACGUGCAACGACUUGAGAUUAAGUACGACUUCUUAUAUGAAAAAGAACACAUCUGCUGCUUGGAAGAGUGGGCCAGCCCUGUGCACCAGAAAAUCUACACCACCUUUAUCCUUGUCAUCCUCUUCCUCCUGCCUCUUAUGGUGAUGCUUAUCCUGUACAGUAAGAUCGGCUAUGAACUUUGGAUAAAGAAAAGAGUGGGGGAUGGCUCAGUGCUUCGAGCUAUUCAUGGAAAAGAAAUGUCAAAAAUUGCCAGGAAGAAGAAGCGAGCUGUCGUUAUGAUGGUGACAGUGGUGGCUCUCUUUGCUGUGUGCUGGGCACCUUUCCACAUUGUUCACAUGUUGAUUGAAUACAGCAAUUUUGAAAAGGAAUAUGAUGAGGUUACAAUCAAGAUGAUUUUUGCUAUCGUUCAAAUCAUUGGAUUUUCCAAUUCCAUCUGUAAUCCAAUUGUUUAUGCCUUUAUGAAUGAAAACUUCAAAAAGAAUUUUUUAUCUGCAGUUUGUUAUUGCAUAGUAAAAGAAACCUUAUCCCCAGCACGAAGGCACAGAAAUUCAGGAAUUACGAUGAUGCAGAAGAAAGCAAAGUUUUCCCGGAAAGAGAACCUAGUAGAGGAGACCAAAGGAGAAGCAUUCAGUGAUGGCAACAUUGAAGUCAAGUUGUGUGAACAACCCGAGGAGAAAAAACAUCUCAAACGACAUCUUGCCCUCUUUAAUUCUGAACUUUCCGAGAAUUCUGGUUUAGGGAGUGGGCAUUAA